AUGACGGUUGAAGACUAUGGGAAACAACUUUUGACCAGGAACGAUCCUUUCGAUUGCAAAGCACUAGCGACAAUCAUCCAACACGGAUGCGACUUCUCGACUAUCUUGAACUACCUUCAGAAAUAUGGGAAGACAACGGUUGGAGCUGAUAUUUCCAUGACGAUCUUGUUAGAGGCAGGGUCUUGGCAUGUCCUUUUCUUCGCCAUCGAGCGCAACUGUCCAGAGUGUGUUCGUGCCCUACUCGAUUACGGCACCAAGCCCAACACAAGGAUGUUCGACGGAAGUAUACCCGCUGUUGCCUUUGCCAUCAUGUUAAUCAAAUGGACCACCUCAGAUUCUACAAACGUUGUCAAGACGCUCCUUGAGUACGGUACAGACCCGAUAGUUGUGCCAAAGGACCUCUGGGCUGAGUAUCUGGAAGUCCCUCAAGCUAAGCCGCAAAAGGGAUUGAAGCUGGAUUGGGCCGCGCAAUGGUGCAAGCCUGAAUACCGCUCACUGCUUGUGGACACAAUGCAUCUGGGUCACCGCUACUCCUUCUUCCGCGCCAGCCUUCAAGGACAAUCCACGACGAGGAAGAAUCAAAUGGCCGAGGCCCAUAAGAUCAACGCUCUCUUUCACAUCCCUCACCGCAUUGUUGGCCAAGGGCCAGCUACAAAGAUCAUCAUGGACCAGGUCUUCGCUGAGUUUGUCUACAAUAACCUUACUCCCCUCGUCAUGGUUUUCGCAGGCCCACCUGGCCACGGAAAGACGGAGCUGUCAAAACAGAUGGGAGACCUCCUUUCGGUUCAAACCAUGGUUAUUGACUGCGCUCAGGUGAGAAAUAAGUGGCAGCUUUUCGGGGCGACUGCCGGCUAUCAACGGUCGAGAGAGGGAUCCCCUCUUAACAACUUUCUCUCAAGGAACGAUGGCGAGAGAUGCGCAGUCUUUCUUGAUGAAUUCGACAAGACAGUUGGAGAGGUCUGGCAAGCGCUGCUAAGGGUUUGCGAGUCUGGGUCUUACAUCGAUCGUACCACCAACACCAGCAUCGAUUGCUCAAAAGUCAUCUGGAUCUUAGCAAGUAAUCUCGGACACAUGGCCAUUCAAAAAUUUUACUCCAAAAAGAUGGAGCACCAAAACGAUCGAAACCGAUACGACGUCCCCGUUGACCCGCUACAGAAGACGCUGCGAGGUAUCUUCAAAAGCAAAUGGAGUUCACCGUUCGUCAGUCGGAUUCGUGUUAUCGUGCCGUUUUUCCCUUUCAGUCCAGGCGAACAGGCGGUCAUCUUCCACGAACAACUCCUUGCCUUCGCCAACGACAUACGUAGGCCGAUCGACAUCCGACCAGAAGUGAAGAGGUACAUCGGCCACUGUCACCUUGCUGCUCCGCAGUCUACGGAGAUCUCCAAGCACAUUGCAUCUCUCUACUACGACCGCGAGCUUGGUGCGCGGGCCUACUUAGCCAUCGACGAUAUCAAGGUCAAGCUUCUGCGUGCUCAGAACGAAGUCGAUCGGAAGGUGACGGAGCGGACGAAUGAUGGGCCUCUGCAAAGGUACACUUGUCAGCUCCACGCCGGUGAUGACAAUGAGGAGUACGUCGAAUUGGUCGCAGAUGGUUCAACAGAGUUUCGGGACCAGAAGUGCAAGGGUGCCUUAUUUUUCAGUAAUGACACAGUCUGA